AAGGUCGUUAAAGCAGAGACAAACGUUUCGGUGUUGUAUUCGUUGAUUCGUUCUUCUUUCGUAAGGGAAAAUAUUAAUUAUUCACGCGGCCAGCGGGCCGAGGUAAAAUUUAUACCGGAGAAAAGGUUAGACUUCCGGUUCGCGGCUGUAUAACGAUGCGUGUUUCGUCGUGCGAUCGCAAAGAUAAUAAAAUAUAACUCGUUCGCGACAGAUCGCGAAUUCUCGAUGCUGCUGCUCCGUUAUUCACUCUACUUCCAAGUUCCGAGCAGCUCCUCUUAAAUUAAUUAUAUACACGCGGUGAAACUGCGCUGGUAAAAGUCUCCCGCGCGGUGGUUGGUGCUGCUGGUGCCGGCGGCAGCAGCGCCCGAGACAAAAGAAGGAACAGAAAGAAUGGCGCAUACCGGAAAUAAUAAGGAGAAGGUGGAGUUGAAACGAGAACUCGGCCUUUUCAGCGCUGUCAGCAUUAUUCUUGCCGUUAUGAUAGGGUCUGGAAUAUUCGUAUCACCGACGAGCGCGCUAAAUCGUACAGGUUCGAUCGGUUUGUGCUUGAUGGUGUGGAGUAUAUGUGGAAUAUUAUCAUUGUGCGGAGCCCUGGCGUUUGCGGAGUUGAGUACGGUGGUGCCGCGUUCAGGAGCGGAAUACGCAUAUUUUGUGGAAGCGUUUGGUCCGUUGCACAAAUGGGGUGGUCAGGUGCCAGCUUUCGUGUGCUCGUGGGUAUACGUAAUGGUACUGCGUCCGGCGGAGGUGGCGGUGGUAAUUCUGACAUUCGCCGAGUACAGUAUCCAGCCGUUUAGCUCUUUAAUCGAAAAUUUGCCACCGGAAUCGAUGUAUUCGUUGAAAAAGUUGAUUGGACUUUUGGCGCUGGGUCUGAUUACGUACAUAAACUUGACGAGCGUCAAGCUGUACGUAAAAGUGCAGAAUAUCUUCGUCGUGUGUAAGGUCGGAGCUUGCGCAUUGGUGAUCGGAGGCGGAAUUUAUUGGCUGGCAUCUGGAAAAACAGAAUUGUUACAAAGGCCAUUUGAAAAUACAACGAAAUCAGUUGGUAACAUUGCGCUCGCAUUUUACAGCGGUCUUUGGGCUUACGACGGUUGGACAUCGGCAACGGUCGUUACUGAGGAAGUUAAAAAACCGGAAGUCAAUAUUUUACGGAGUAUAAUGAUCGCUGUGCCCGCUAUAACGAUUUUGUACGUCGGUAUGAAUUUGAUGUACAUGGCCGUUCUGCCCGUACCCGAAAUGAUCGAGUCCAAAGCGGUUGCUGUUCUCUGGGCGAGCAAGGCCCUUCCGGUUUGGCUCGGCGCUGCGAUACCUCUCGGCGUUGCCAUAUCCACAUUCGGCUGCGCCCUUAGCAUACAAUUCGGUGUCUCAAGAUUGUGCUACGUCGCCGGACGGGAAGGCCACGUACCUCGGGUUCUCAGCUUCGUUCACGUCACCAAAAUGACACCAGCCGCCGCUGUACUCUUUCAAUCUUUCCUCUCACUUGCCUGCAUCCUCGUUGGCAAUAUCAAUGCUCUCAUCGAAUUUGCCAGUUUUCUCACUUGGGUCUUUUACGGACUCGCCAUGCUCGCUCUCGUUGUUAUGAGACGAACCAAACCCGAUGCCUCACGCCCGUACUCCGUUCCUAUCCUCAUACCUUGGAUGGUCCUUCUUAUUGCCAUCUUCUUGGCCGUUGUACCAAUUGCCUCUGAACCUUCCCCCAAAUAUCUCUUUGCCCUUGUAUUUAUCGCCUGCGGUAUUCUCGUAUACCAUACCUUCGUUUUCACCAAAACUAACACCGAUUUAUCCAAUAAAUUGACACACAUGGUCCAAGUUCUGUGCCUCGUUGUAGCGCCGGAAAAAAACGAGGAUUAAGAAUUUUAUUCGGCUAAAAGUGAAAGAUCGUCGUGUCGUGAUCAAACAUAAGAAAGAGAAACAAGGGUUCCUCCAAUGACAUAUAGAAACGAGGACUCGAUGCUGUAGUUGCUGUCAUUGCAGGAUUUUUCAAGCGGGAAAUUAUCGAUAUGGAAUAGAACCACAACCAACAAAAUAAUGAUAAACGUUGAUUUUUUAAUAUUCUGUACGGCCACGUCUCUGUCACCAAUGUUUAAGCAUAAAUAACCCGUCGACAUAAUAAUACUGUUAGUCUUGAUCGGCUAAAACCGUUGUAAUGAAAAAAAAAAAAAGAUAAUUUUAUUUGUAACAAAUAUACUAUGUAGAUCGUCUUGAAGACGAAAAUUCUGAGAUUCUUCUUGAAAUAUGAUACAAUUGGUCGUGUUA